CCGGGCCAGACGGGUCGGGCGGGCUCUGCCGAGCAGUGUUCUUCCGCGGGCUCCAGGGUCGCUGGGGCCUCGUGGCGGGGCGGCUCCACGGGGCUUGGCCCGCUUCCUCCCCUCCCCCGUGCCCUCUCGCGGCGCCCGGCGGGGCCUGCGCUUCAGCCGGAGACCCGGAAAAAGGCAUGCACAUUGGGCAGUCUUUGAGAAGCCUGGAUAGUGUUGGAGUAAAAGCUGCUGCUAUUUUUAGUUUGCAAGUGAAGAACGAAUGUCAUCAUGUCUGGAAUCAAGCGAACAAUCAAAGAAACUGACCCUGAUUAUGAGGAUGUAUCUGUGGCCCUUCCAAAUAAGCGGCAUAAAGCAAUUGAGAAUUCAGCUCGAGAUGCUGCUGUGCAGAAGAUUGAGACUAUUAUCAAGGAACAAUUUGCACUUGAAAUGAAGAAUAAGGAACAUGAAAUUGAGGUCAUUGACCAGCGACUAAUUGAGGCAAGAAGGAUGAUGGAUAAACUUCGUGCCUGCAUUGUCGCAAACUACUAUGCUUCUGCAGGACUUCUGAAAGUUUCUGAGGGAUCAAAGACAUGUGAUACGAUGGUUUUUAAUCAUCCUGCUGUCAAGAAAUUUUUGGAAUCACCAUCUAGGUCAUCAUCUCCUGCCAAUCAGAGAUCAGAAACACCAUCAGCCAAUCAUUCAGAAAGUGAUUCUUUAUCUCAACACAAUGACUUCUUAUCUGACAAAGACACUAACAGCAAUGUGGACAUAGAGGAAAGACUCUCAAGCAACACAGAGCAGAGACCAGGCCGAAAUACUGGAAGGGACACUUCUGGUAUUACUGGCUCCCAUAAAACAGAACAGCGGAAUACUGAUCUUACAGGAGAUGAGACUUCACGACUUUUUGUAAAGAAAACAAUAGUAGUGGGCAAUGUGUCCAAGUACAUACCUCCUGAUAAGAGAGAAGAAAAUGACCAGUCAACCCACAAGUGGAUGGUAUAUGUCCGAGGGUCUCGUAGAGAACCCAGCAUUAAUCAUUUUGUCAAGAAAGUUUGGUUCUUUCUUCAUCCCAGCUAUAAACCAAAUGACCUUGUGGAAGUUAGAGAACCUCCUUUUCACUUGACCAGAAGAGGCUGGGGUGAGUUUCCUGUCAGAGUUCAAGUUCACUUUAAGGACAGCCAGAACAAGCGGAUAGAUAUCAUACAUAAUCUGAAGCUGGACAGAACUUAUACUGGCUUGCAGACUCUUGGAGCAGAGACGGUAGUGGAUGUUGAGCUCCAUCGGCAUUCUCUUGGAGAAGACUCUGUUUAUCCUCAGUCCUCCGAGUCAGACAUCUCAGAUGCCCCACCAUCCUUGCCUUUGACCAUUCCAGCCCCUGUGAAAGCAUCCUCACCAGUAAAGCAGUCACAUGAGCCAGUACCUGAUACCUCUGUGGAGAAAGAAGGAUUCCCAGCCAACACUGAAGCUGAGAGACACACUACAUUUUAUUCUUUGCCAUCUUCAUUGGAACGAACACCCACCAAAAUGACAACAUCCCAGAAAGUUACCUUUUGUUCUCAUGGCAAUUCAGCUUUUCAGCCAAUAGCGUCAAGUUGCAAAAUUGUGCCACAAAGUCAGGUUUCUAAUCCGGAGUCACCUGGAAAGUCCUUCCAGCCUAUCACCAUGAGCUGCAAGAUUGUCUCAGGUUCCCCUAUAUCAACCCCAAGUCCAUCGCCAUUGCCUCGAACCCCAACUUCCACUCCAGUCCAUGUGAAGCAAGGCACUGCCAGUUCUGUUAUUAAUAAUCCUUAUGUUAUCGUGGACAAGCCAGGGCAGGUUAUUGGAGCCACCACUCCUACUGCAGGAAGUCCUACCAGCAAGCUCUCUGCUGUCUCUCAGGCCUCCCAAGGAACAGGUUCCCCGAUUCCUAAAAUUCAUGGAAGUAGUUUUGUAACAUCUGCUGUCAAGCAGGAGGAUUCUUUGUUCGCAUCUAUGCCACCUCUUUGCCCAAUUGGGAGUCACCCUAAAGUUCAAAGCCCCAAACCUAUAACUGGAGGACUUGGAGCUUUCACAAAAGUAAUCAUCAAACAGGAACCUGGUGAAGCCUCUCAUGUACCAACAACAGGAGCUGCCAGCCAGUCACCACUCCCUCAGUAUGUGACUGUGAAAGGGGGUCACAUGAUAGCUGUGUCCCCUCAAAAACAAGUCCUAACUGCUGGAGAAGGGACUGCCCAGUCACCAAAGAUUCAGCCCUCUAAGGUUGUUGGGGUUCCAGUUGGGUCUACCUUACCUUCGGCAGUGAAGCAGGCGGUGGCAAUCAGUGGUGGCCAGAUCCUCGUAGCCAAGGCCAGCUCAUCUGUCGCCAAAGCAGUUGGUCCAAAGCAAGUUGUGACCCAAGGAGUUGCCAAGGCAAUUGUGAGUGGAGGUGGAGGAACCAUUGUCGCUCAGCCGGUGCAAGCUUUAACCAAGGCUCAGGUCACUGCUGCUGGCCCUCAGAAGAGUGGAUCCCAGGGUUCAGUAAUGGCGACGUUGCAGUUACCAGCCACUAAUUUGGCCAACUUGGCAAAUUUGCCUCCUGGCACUAAACUCUACCUUACAACGAAUAGCAAGAACCCUUCAGGAAAAGGAAAACUGCUGCUGAUCCCUCAAGGAGCCAUCCUGCGGGCUACCAACAAUUCUAACCUCCAGUCUGGCUCAGCUGCCAGUAGCGGUGGUGGCGGCAGUGGCAGUGGAGGAGGAACCGGGGGAGCCCAAAGCCCUGCCGGCCCUGGAGGGAUAUCCCAGCACCUGACGUACACGUCUUACAUCCUCAAGCAAACCCCUCAGGGCACGUUUUUAGUUGGCCAGCCAUCACCCCAGACAUCUGGAAAACAGCUGACUACGGGGUCAGUGGUCCAAGGAACACUGGGAGUCAGCACAUCCUCUGCACAAGGACAGCAAACAUUAAAAGUCAUCUCUGGACAAAAAACCACUUUGUUUACCCAGGCGGCCCCAGGGGCACAGGCAUCUCUAAUGAAAAUAUCUGAUAGCACAUUGAAGUCUGUGCCAGCCACCUCACAACUCUCAAAGCCUGGAACCACAAUGCUAAGGGUAGCAGGAGGAGUUAUUACAACUGCCAGUUCCCCAGCUGUAGCCCUCUCAGCAAAUGGUCCUGCACAACAGCAGUCGGAAGGAACAGCUCCCAGUUCAUCGUCUACUAUGACUUCUGUAAUGAAAACUUCUGGGCAGCAGCAAGUGUGUGUGAGUCCAGCCACCAUGGGACCCUGCAAGGCUGCUGCCCCCUCUGUCAUCAGUGCGACGUCCCUGGUGUCCACACCAAACCCCAUCUCUGGAAAGGCCACAGUAUCAGGACUGUUAAAGAUUCACUCCAGUCAGUCCAGUCCCCAGCAGGCUGUCCUGACAAUCCCCAGCCAGCUCAAACCACUCAGUGUAAACACAUCUGGGGGUGUGCAGACUAUACUGAUGCCUGUGAAUAAAGUGGUUCAGUCAUUUCCUACCAACAAAUCGCCUGCCAUUCUGCCUGUAGCUGCCCCAACUCCAGUUGUCCCCAGCUCUGCUCCAGCAACUGUUACAAAAGUGAAGACUGAACCAGAAACACCUGUGCCAAGCUGCCCCUCUCAGGACGGUCACACAGCAGUGAAAACAGAAGAAAGUUCUGAGCUGGGAAACUAUGUCAUUAAGAUAGACCAUUUAGAGACUAUCCAGCAACUCUUAACAGCAGUAGUAAAGAAGAUCCCUUUAAUCACUGCAAAAAGUGAAGAUGCCAGCUGUUUUUCUGCAAAAUCUGUGGAGCAGUAUUAUGGCUGGAACAUUGGGAAAAGGAGAGCUGCUGAGUGGCAAAGAGCGAUGACAAUGCGAAAAGUCUUACAAGAAAUACUGGAAAAGAAUCCAAGAUUUCAUCACCUGACUCCGCUUAAAACCAAGCACAUUGCUCACUGGUGUCGCUGCCAUGGCUACACCCCACCUGACCCCGAAAGCCUGAGGAGCGACGGGGACUCGAUCGAGGAUGUGCUGACCCAGAUUGACAGCGAGCCAGAGUGCCCGUCAUCAUUCUCCUCUGCCGACAACCUCUGCCGGAAACUGGAGGACCUGCAGCAGUUUCAGAAAAGAGAGCCGGAGAAUGAGGAGGAGGUGGACAUCCUCAACCUCUCAGAGCCGUUAAAGAUAAACAUCAAAAAAGAACAGGACGAGAAACAGGAAGAAAUGAAAUUCUACCUGCCACCAACACCAGGCUCUGAAUUUAUUGGUGACAUCACACAGAAGAUUGGGAUCACCCUGCAGCCUGUGGCGCUGCAUAGGAAUGUGUAUGCGUCGGUGGUGGAGGACAUGAUUCUGAAGGCUACAGAGCAGCUGGUCAGUGAUAUCCUGAGACAGGCUUUGGCGGUUGGAUACCAGGCAGCGUCUCACAACAGGAUUCCCAAGGAAAUUACAGUGAGUAAUAUUCACCAGGCCAUUUGCAACACUCCUUUUCUGGACUUCCUCACAAACAAACACAUGGGGAUAUUGAAUGAAGAUCAGUGAACAGAAUGAAGAUGCCCCUAGGAAAGCAGGAUUCGAAGUCUUGAACUGUGAUGACUCUUCUAUUUGAGAGAGAAGGUAGUUUUCCGUGUGCCUCAGAGUACGAUGGCUACUAAACCAUUGCCUCCACUGAGUAACACCAGUGUUCAGUCCCAGGUCAAAUCCUUUUAGAAGAGAAGUUUGUUUCCUGAUUCUAGAGUGAAGCCAUGAGUGGAUGCAUGCUCUGUCAGCUUGAAUCUGUUCCCUCUCUGUGCAAGCUCCAUCGGUCUCAAAGCAGGGUCAGGCCCCAUGUAUCAGGCCCUUCUGUCCUCUGCGUGUUUUCCAGGGGGCACCUUGGGCCUGAGUCUCCCUCCAGGAGGCGGAAAAUGAGUCUGGCAAGCUAGAGAUCUGUUUCACCCAGUCUGUGGGCUGGGGUUACAGCCCCCCACCCCCGCCCCAUUACCCUGAUAACAUGUGGAGGAGGGCUGGGCUUCGGCACUCAGACCCCAAGCAUCGGCUCAGGAAGCAGUGAUGCUGUGCGGAAGACACACAAGCCUGGGAGGCUGCAGACUGAGAAUGCUUCUUUCAUGGAACACAGGAGCAUUACGACAACCAGUCUCAGCACCGUCAGGGGAUGGACAGGUCCCAGCA